AUGGCGACGAUGAUGACUGGCCGUGUGCUGCUGGUGUGUGCCCUCUGCGUGCUGUGGUGCAGUGCGGUGUUUGGACACGCGAUGGAGGAUUACUGCGGUGAGGGUGGAGGGAACGGUUUGAGGCACACGAGUAAUGGUGGCGAUGACGGCGUGUCUCUAAAGGCGGACUGCGGGUUGUUAUCCACUCGAAUGGCAUCAAUAAAGGCGGUUGAGGCUGCGGAAGGUGAACAAGAAAUGAAUGUUACAGCCCCACUGGAGAAUUUGGAGGAUAACAAAUUGGGAAAUAAUACGAAGGGCAGUGGGGUGGCUGGUUUAGAAGGAAAUGACGGUGUCGCAGUUCAGCCACCAACAAAAAAACCGCUGAAUCUCGGACGAUCAGGUGCAGGGGAACAGGAGGGGAUGUCGAGACCGGUAGAUGCAAAGGAUGGAAAACGUACUAGCCAUACACACAAUCAAAGUGUACGUGAUCCCGAAGAAAUAAAAACUGUUGAAUCCUCUUCUUCUUCUGGCAGCCCUGGCACUGAGGGCAUUAAAAUACACAACUUGGAGAAUACUUCCGAGAGAAAUGAGUCCUACAAAGAGACACCGACGGAAGAAAACAAUCUCUUCAGUAAAUAUGACUGUACUGAAUUGGUGCUGAAAGAAGAACCAGAAAAAACAGCAGACAAAAAAAAUGCAAGUCAUGAGGCACCAACAGAAACACAUGGAAGUCCAGCCAACGACACGGAAAUACAUACGGCAACACCACCGUCACCACCGGCAACAAUGAAUGAACAGUCCAGCAAUGAGGAUUUACCACCCGUGCAACCGCUACAACGCGUCCAAGACGACAAUGCAGAAUCCAGGCCACCAUCACCCACGGCAAACGGUGG